CACUUACUCACAUCCAAAGAAAUGUUUCCAAAGUUAUUUUGCAGAAUUCGGCGAAAUUCUAUUUUGAAUUAAAUCGUGUAAUUUAUUUAUUGAGAAAAAAAUGUUAUAACUUUAGUUAUUUAGUCUAUUUUUAACAAUUCCUUACAAACCAUUAAUUAGCACUUAAUAACUAAAUGGAGAAAAGUAAUUUUUUUUAUCUUCAACUGUUUAAUUUUUUUAUCUGUUUCUCUACAUGCUUGUUGAUUAUUUUCGUAUUGAUAUCUGUCAGAAAAUAAUAGCCAAGUUUUUGUUACUUUUGGACAUUGGCCUGCAAGAACUUCAAAAUCCUAGAAGAGGAUCAACUCAAAGGAUAUAACUUAUACCAACCCCAGUCAUAUUUGUAUCAAAUUAAAUUAUGGAACUUCCACAAAAAAGAAAGAGAAAUGCUGUCAUUAAGAUAGAAAGUUUUGAAGAUGAAGAGGAUGCAACUAGUGAAGAUGAAAAAGAUGAUGAUUUUUUGCCUAUGCCUAAGAAAAAGAAAACUGUUAAAGCUGUUGAAAAAGUACCUAAACCUGCUAAAAUAAAGAAAGAAAAGCCUGUGAAGAUUAAAGUUGAAAAGCCUCCAAAAGUGAAAAAAGUGAGGGCUGCUCCAAAGGGAAAGAAAACUGUUGUGAAAAAUGAAUCUGGAGAUACACUCAAAACUCAAAAAAUAUUAAUAAAACAUGAAAUUGAUGGAGAUUUGAAUGCUAUUUCAAAUGUAAACCAAGAGCCUUCUAUGAGUAAUGCAGACAUUGAGAAAUUGGUGGCCAAGUCUAUUUCUGAAGCCAAGAGGACUUACCAUCCUUGGGGAGAUGAGGAAGUUGUUGCUCAAACUAGUGAUGUGCCAAUUGAAAUCGCCAGAAAUGUUAUAAAUUUACUGAAUCAAGAAUGCACCAUUCCUUUUAUAGUUAGAUAUCGAAAACAGUUAAUAGGAGGUCUUUCUGCUGAGAAAUUACGAGAAGUACAAGAUUCAUAUGAAGAAGUAAAGCAUGUUCAUAAAAAAGUAGAAAAUAUUUUGAAGACAGUUAAGCAUGAAAAGUUUGAUGAAAAGGUAGCAACUGCCUUCCUUUCUGCUAAAACUUUAGAUGAAGUGGAGUUAUUAUAUGCACCAUUUAAGCCUGGUAGCAAAAGAACUUUAGCUGAAAGAUCAAAACAAUUGGGACUUGAACCAUUGGCAUUACAGAUAAUUGAUGGACGAAUGCUAAUUAACAAGAUUGAUUUCAAUUCCUUAAUUAAGCCACAAAAAGGACUUGAGAACCAGAAGGACAUCAUAACUGGUAUUCAGCAUAUUAUUGCUGACAUAAUUUCAAAAGAUCGUCGGGUAUUAGAUUUUAUUGUAGAAAUGAGUCAUCACAAUCAAAUUCGUAUUAUCAGUACUAAAUCAGCAAGUGCAGAGAAAGCAGACAGAGCAGCUUUUGUUGAGGGAAAGAAUACGCAGAAUUUUAAAUAUGAAAAUUAUUUUGACCAAAAUAUUCUGAUUAGAAAUAUUGCAGCUCAUCAGGUUAUGGCUUUAAAUAGAGGAGAAAAACAAAAAGUAUUAAAAAUAAAAAUUGAAAUUCCAAAAUAUUUAGCUUCGAAAAUAACAGAUUUUAUUUGGAAAUGCUUUUUUGACAGAAAAUACUGGGAUGUGGAGACCAAUGGCUUUUUAAAAAAUUGCAUUGACGAUGCAUAUGAACGUCUUAUUGAACCUUAUAUCACUCGACAAAUAAGAGGUGAACUAACGAAAAAGGCUGAGAGGGAAUCUAUAUCUGUUUUUGGAUCUAAUGUCAGAAGCUUGCUUCUAACUCCUCCUGUUCGAGGCAAAACUGUGAUUGGUAUUGACCCUGGCUUCAGUCACGGCUGUAAAAUUGGUGUUGUUUCUUCCAAAGGUGAGGUGUUAUGUACUGACGUAAUCUAUCCACAUACCAAGAGUAAGAUGACAAAAUUUCCUGACCCAAAUGGUGAAAAAAUUUUAGGCUUAAUUUCUAACUAUAGGGCUGAAAUUCUCGCUAUAGGAAAUGGAACAGCCUGCAGGGAAACUGAAGUCUGGUUGUCAAAUCUAAUAAAAGCAGGUUUUUUCCACCCAUUUGAAGUUAAAUACUGCAUUGUCAAUGAAAAUGGAGUGUCCAUUUACAGUGUGACUAAAGAGGCUGAAGCAGAACUACCUGGAAUGGAUCCAAAUCUAAGAAGUGCAGUUUCUAUAGCACGAAGACUUCAAGAUCCUCUAUUAGAGUAUGUAAAAGUAGAACCCAAGCACUUAGGAGUUGGAAUGUAUCAGCAUGACGUUGCAGAAUCUCAACUAAAAAAGGCCUUAGAUAGCAUAGUAGAAGAAUGUGUGAGUUUUGUGGGAGUUGAUUUAAAUGUAUGUCCAGAAACUAUGCUUAGGAAAAUUUCUGGUCUGUCUGCCAGUAGAGCAAAGCAAAUAGUUGAAUGGCGAACUCUAAAUGGUUGUUUCAUGAAUAGGCAGCAAUUGUUGCUCGUUAAAGGCCUGGGACAAAAAUCAUUUGAACAGUGUGCAGGAUUUGUUAAAAUUUUACCAGAGACUAGCUCUUGUGCAAAAGUUGCUGGAGCUGAGAAGAAAGUAGCCAAAACUAAGAAAGAUGUUUCAAAUGCUCCCAAUCCAUUAGACAGAACAAUCAUUCACCCUGAAUCAUAUAAUGCAGCUGACAAAUUUUUGCAAGACUUAGGAGCAGAUCCUUGCUCAAUAGGACAGCAAUCUUUAAUUGAUAAAGUGAAUUCUUACAUGAGAUUUGCAAGUAUUGAGGAUGUAGCUACAAAAUAUUCAGUCCCAGUGACUGUUAUGCAGCUAAUUGUUGAUGCUUUGAAACAGCUUCAAGACUAUGAUAUCAGAGCAGAAUUUGAUCAACCAUUAUUUCGUACUGCAAUCAGAACAUUUUCGGACCUUGCAACUAAUCAAGAGCUUACUGGUCGAGUGACUAACGUGACGGGAUUUGGAGCAUUUGUUGAUGUUGGAGUAGAACGUAAUGGGUUAAUUCAUGUUAGUAAAAUGAAAGGACAAAAACUAAAUGUGGGUGAUAGAGUUACAGUUAAAGUACUUGAAGUCAAUGCUCAGAAAAAGAGAAUUGGGCUGGAAAUAAAACUGUGAUAUACUCUCUAAAUAUUUUAUUAAUUUUUUAAAUGAUACAGUGAGAUUAAUUAUAUAUUAAUAAAUGCAGGCAUUGUUUUAACUAGAGAAUAAUUAAUAAGUUAAAAUAUUUAAUCAAAAAUUCUUUUCUUUUUAAAUGCUACAAUUCUCAAAUAAAGAGUAUUAAUCUAAUUGCAUAAUUAAUUUUUUUAAUGAUAUGAUAUGUUAAUAAUAUCAAAUAUUAUUAAUAUGGCAUUAUUUUGAUUAAAGGAUAAUUCGUAAAUUCUGUUCUUUUUAAACGAUAAGUGUGAUGACUAAUUAUGAAUUAAUACUUUCAAGUGUAGGCAUUAUUUUAAUGUAAGAAUAAUUAGAAAAUUAAAACUCUUCACCACAUAUUCCAUUUGAUUUAAAUGUUAUUGUUCUAAAAUAAAAAAUAAAAAACUAUUUUAAUACAUUUUUAGUGCAUUUAUUUAAUUCGAAUUUUAAAAAAUGAGCCUUAUUCUUAAAAAAAAAUGCUUAUUAAUGCUCUAAUACUGAAAAAAAAUUGUUUUGCUGAGCCUUAUUAUUAUUUAUGGCAAAUAUAUUCAAAAGUUUUGAAAGUGUGAAUAUAAAAAGAGAAUUGGGUUUGUUUAAAAAUUCUUUAGAAGAAUCCAAAAUUUUUAAAAAGGGCCUUUGACGAAAUUCUAAAUUACUGAGAGGCAUCUUUCAUGAAGUUUUAAACUUCAAAAACCAUUUUUUCACAAAACCCGUUUUUCUAUAACGUAUUAUUAAAAUCGAAUUUUGUUAAAAUUCUAAUAACUAAAAAUUUAUUUUCAUACACCAGAAAAACUAACAGACGAAAAAUUUGAACUAAUUUUUCUAACAGCUAAUUGAUCUAACAGCUUUCUAAUUAAUUGUAAUAUCUUAGCCAAUUAAUAUCUUGCUAUACAGUCUUAAAUGAACAUUAUGAAUAUUGUAUUCUUUUAAAUGUAUGACAUAUACAUUUGAGAGAAUGUUGUUUUUUAACAAAUGUUUUUCUCAAAUUUCCAAACUCUGGAUGCUGGCAAGAAAUCCUGGAUUGACCUCUGAAGUAUUGCUGCAUUAUAAAAAAUAUAUUGUCUAAAAUAUAUACUUCUAAAAUAUAUAUUUAAAUUUUGCCAUCUGUGUACUCUUUUAAUAGUGCUGUCAAAUCUAUUGAAAGUAAAAUAUCGAAAGUAUUUUAUGUAAAACUUGUUUAUUUCAUAUACUUUAUGAUUUGACACCUGGGCACAGAAUAUGUGUAAAGAUAUUUAUGUUUUAAAAAUAAUAUGAAAGUUGUAUUAAAUUUCUAAAAAUAUCCAACUUUUAUUUAAUUUUUACUUUUUUUAAAUUAUUUUGUGAUUAAUUAUGUUUAUUUUACUAUCAACAAAAAUUAUAAGAUAAAAUUAGUGACAUUUUGUGUGAUGUUAUUGUUACGCAAUUGUUACGUCUUGAGUAUCUGGCUUGUGACUAUCCUACCUCCGUACUAUCCGAUCUAAUAAAAAAUGAGAAACAAUAAAGUGGUGCUCUGCUACAAACCCCUUACUAAUCAGCCUACCGUAUGCAACACUGUGAAGUUUGACUUUUACUAGUUAUAAUUUAUUAGAUUUGUGUGAUUUAAUAAUAAUUAGUGGAUAUUUUUGCAUUAAUCAUUUAUCUUAAGUUGCGUAACAUGUGUUGUUAAUUAUAUAGGAGCGAGUGUUAAAAUUGCUGCCUUUCCGCCACAUUAAACCAGAUAGUCAGGACCCUACCUUAUUAUUUUUUGCUGUUAUAGUUUAUUUUACACUUGUUUACUUAUUGUAUAAGUUUCAUUAUGUACUUAUAGGAGUUUAUCUGUUACAAAAAUAUUUUACUUACAAAAAUCUAAGGAAAAUAUUUUUAUUGUUUGCUCAACUUCAAAAUGUGUUCACAUUGACGUGAAGACUUUUUUUUCCCUGCAGAAUAUGCAGUAAACCAAUUCAUUACAUGUUUUCUAGUACAUAAUUUAAGUAUGUUUUCUAUCAUUACUUGCAUUUAAACAAAGAAUAUAUUAAUCUUACAUUGUAAUAAAACAUCACUCUUUAA